CCUCCCUGGCUAGAUCGGUACUCUCUCAGCCGCGGACUUUUACAUCGGGCGCGUCACGAUGAUUGUGAAACUCCGCUGCGUCGUGGAGAAUGAGUGUAUUUGACAUGAGUUGAUAUCUCGAAUUUCGAAGGUGUAGUUUCUGUAUGUAUCACUCAUCCUUCUGUAGUAGCACAUCAUCAUCUAAACUAUUACCUUGAUCAAACGGCAACAUUGACAAUGGCACGAGCAAUUCUGGUUUGCGGCGCGACUGGAAAGCAGGGCGGCGCAGUCAUCAACCACCUCGUUGAACAGAAUGCCGACUUUGAGAUCCUCGCCGUCACCCGCGACGCAACCUCCGGCUCCGCCCAGCGUCUCUUGAAAAAGUCGUCCAAAAUCCGCCUGGUUCAGGGUAACUUGGCCGAUCCGACUGCGCUCUUCAAGACUGCGCAAGAUGUCGCCUCGUCUCCCAUCUGGGGAGUGUUCAGUGUUCAGGUCCCAAUGGGCUUCGGCCAAGGCGGAGGCGGCGAGCUAGGCCAAGGCAAAGCCCUCGUCGACGCAUCCCUCAAAGCAGGCGUCAAAUUCUUCGUCUACACCUCCGUCGAGCGUCACGGCGCAGACAACGCCACCAACGUGCCUCACUUUGCCCACAAGCACGAGAUCGAGCAGCACCUCUUCAACAAGUCCAAGGGCACGAACAUGGAGUGGGCUGUCCUUCGCCCUGUGGCUUUCAUGGACAACCUCACGGACAACCUCUUUGGGCGAGUGUUUACCACAUCGUGGCGGAUGGCGGUCAAGCAGAAGCCGCUGCAGCUCAUUGCCGUCAGCGACAUUGGCUACUUUGGCGCCGAGGCGUUUCUUCACCCCGAGAAGUACAAGGGCCGCGGGGUCUCGCUUGCGGGCGACGAUUUGACGAUUGAGCAGUUUGCUGCGGUGUUCAAGAGGCAUACGGGCCAGGAGCUGCCUGGGACGUAUAGGAUCUUGUGUUGGCUGAUCAUGACGAUGGUGAAGGACUUUGGCUACAUGUUUAAGUGGUUUUACGAUGUUGGGUAUGAUGUUGACAUUGCGGCGCUGAGAAAGGAGUAUCCUGGGCUGAAGGACUUUGAGACUUGGCUGAAGACGGAGAGCGAGUACGCAGGUGGUAUUCGGUCUUGAGGAGGGCGUUUGGAAUUAGGCCACAGCUGUGUCCCGGGUAGAGGAAGGCAAGAGUCAUUGUAGUAAUACGGCUUAUAUCGUAAUAAUCGAAGAGAAAC